GCCGAGCGGGGCAGCGGGGCAGCGGGGCCUCCGGCGCUGAGCCCGCAGGGGUCCCGAGCAGGAUGGGCGCGCCGGCCUCCAGGCCGCUGGACAAGCAGCAGCAGCAGCGUGUGAGGGACCGCAUGGACGCGCUGCUGCGGACCUUCCUGCCCCGCUACCGCGCCCAGCUGGCGGCUGCCGUCCUGAGGCGACUCUCCGAGGAGCGGGGCCCGCGGGAGCCGGCGGGGGCGCAGCUGCUCCGCAGCGAGAAGCUGCCCCGGGUCCGCGAGCACCGAGGGGCCCUGGCGUGGCUGCAGGGCCGCCCGCCGCGGUGGCAGCCCGUGUUCUGCGUCCUGCGCGGGGACGGCCGCCUGGAGUGGUUCGGCCACCAGGAGGAAUUCGAGAACGGGGUUCGCCCACUGGGCUCCGUCGCCCUGACGGGGUUCGCGUUGGGGACCUCACAGCGGGACGUCCAGCUCGGCCCGCAGCUUGCAGGUCAGCUCAGCGCGGAGCACGGGGCGCCCGCCGCGCCCCCGGGCCGGAGCGGGGUGGGGGGACCCCAGAGGCCCCGGCCUGCCUCCUGUCCCGGAGGGAAGCGCACAGGGGCAAAGCCUGAGCCGGCAGGCAGGUGCAGGCUGGACGCCGGCCGGGCGCUGGCCGGGGCGCUGGCCUCCUUCCGCCCCGUGUCUUCGGCGGUCCCAGCGCGCUUCCCCUUGUGUCUGCGGCAUCCCUUCCGCCAGCCCCUCUGCUUCUCGGGCCCCAGUGCGGAGCUUCAGCGUGCCUGGAGGCUGGCCCUGCAGAGCGCCAUCCGGCUGCGGGACACCGUCCUGCAGCGCAGCCAGGACCCCGCGGCCCGCGCCUUCCUGGACGCCGUCCGACACUACCGACAGCACCAGGGCCACUUCGGGGAAGACGACGCGACGCUGGGCUCGGACGCCGAGGUGCUGACCGCGGUGCUGAUGCGGGAGCUGGUGCACGCCUUGGCAGCCAUACCCUGGAGCCCUGAGCGGAUGGAGAGGAUCUACGAAGAGGCCACGCGGCGCCGGGCGCAGCUGGAGGCGCUGACCGCCCCGUUCGGCUUCCAGGGCGCGCGGAGCCUAGUGUUCGGGGUUCAGGGUGUGGCGCAGCAGCUCAUGGCCGACGCAGUGGCCACCUUCUUGCAGCUGGCUGACCAGUGUCUGACCUCGGCUCUGGAGCCUGACCAGGCUUUAGGGCAGCUGGAGAGAGUCAGGAGCCUUGUGCUGAAGAAGCUCUCCUGGGACAGCGAGCAGGCACGGUGGAGGUGCUCCCGGGACUGGCUCCUGGCCAUCCUCCUGCCCUUCGCGCUGGGCCAGCUGGGCCAGGCCCAGGCCGAGCUGCUGGAGGCGCAGGCUGUGGCCACGGAGGGGGACGCAGCCACCGGAGUCUAUGAGGAUGUGGUCCGGGAGGUCUUGCUGCAGAAGAUCCAUGAUGAAUUGAGAAAGGCGCUCAGUGCCAGCACCUCCUGUCCUCUGACAGACUGUGCAGAGGCCCCAGGGGCCCAGGAGCAAGCAGGUAAGGCCCUGGGACUUGGCAGUGACUUGCUGGGGCUGGAGAGGCCCACGGGGUGUGGACCCCUCAUCUCCCAAGUUGGCCAAGUGGGUGCAGAACGGGACAGGAGCCAACAGCAAGGGCCCAGGAGCCCGGGCACCCAGGACACGCAUGAGGCGAAGCCCCCGGUACCGGAGCCCCGGGACGCGGCCUCCUUCCCGGGGCGGGUCUUACUCCGUCCCAGCUCCGGGCCCCGGGGGCGGGGCGGGGCCAGAGGGGGCGGGGCCUCGUUCUUCCGCGCCAGCACGUGA